AAAUACCUCGAUUCAAAUUUUUCCGAUUAAAACAUUUCGAAUAGAACACAAACCAUGAGUUUCUAUAACAAAUUUUCUCUUUCGCCAUGAGUUAUCAUAAAUUCUUUAGACGCUCAAAAAAUAAUAAUUUUACUUAUCCCGAUCUGAUCUGUGGCCUAACCUCACUUUCAGUUGUCACAGUCCAGCGUUCCCAGUGAAACUUUAGGCCCCAAAAUGUUCAAGAAAUUUGACGAAAAAGAGAGCGUGUCUGGCAUGCUACAGCUGAAAUCCUCUGUUCAAAAGGGUAUUAGGACUAAAUUAGUGGAGUGUUAUAAGGAUCUAGAAGAUUAUAUUGAUGUUAUUUUACCCAAAAAAGACACAUUGCGUAUAGUUAAAUGCCAUGACCACAUAGAAAUUAUUAUUAAUUCUGCUGGAGAGUUAUUGUUUUUUAGACAUAGAGAAGGGCAAUGGAUGCCAACGCUGAAACUUUAUCACAAAUUUCCAUUCUUUUUACCGAUGCAACAAGUUGACAAGGGUGCAAUCAAAUUUGUUCUUAGUGGAGCAAAUAUAAUGUGUCCUGGUUUAACUUCACCAGGAGCUAAAAUGACUGAAGUACCCAAGGAUACCAUUGUGGCAAUUAUGGCGGAAGGUAAAGAACAUGCUCUAGCAAUUGGAAAAACGAUGUUAUCUACAGAAGAUAUAGCAAAAGUAAACAAAGGAAUAGGUGUUGAGAAUUGCCAUUACUUGAAUGAUGGACUUUGGCAAAUGAAACCUAUUAAGUAAUUCAAUAGAAUAAUAUAAUUUCUUA